CUAUGCAAGGAUUUUGGGAGUGGGAGUGCUUGGAGCUUAACGCUGAGGGAGAAGAAGGAGAAGUCAAUGAUACCUUUACUAAUGCUAGCUUUGACGAGGUAACUAGCUUGUCAAAAUUAAGAGUUUUGAAGGUUACUAUCAGGGGUGUUGAACAUAUCCCUAAAUAUGUUGAGCAGAAAAUGAAUUUGGUUGAGUUUGAUAUAUGUAUCGGUGGUUUAUACGAGCCAUACAAGACGAAGUUAUAUGAUCGACAUCGUCAUAUCUCAAUACUCUUGGAUGUCAUGAUCAGUCACUUACCGGAGUGGUUUCGUGACGAGAUAAUGAAGAAAGCAGAGACAUUUUCCGACUCUUGGUGCCACAGGUUAAUCGACAUAUUUGUGGAAUCUGAGCAUGGGAGGCUACAGAGACUGAAGCAUCUGCAUAUAGUGGGUUACAGCAGUCGAGACAUCACGGAGGUGGAUCCUGCAAUAACAUGGGUUCCAAGAAAGCCUGUGUUCGAGAAUUUGGAAGAGUUGUAUAUGGAGGGACUGGAUUGUGCAGAGUUACGUGCCGUUCAAUUUCUACCAUGUGGGUCUCUAUUCAAGUUGAAGGUAUUGAAGGUAGAAUAUUGUUACAACUGGUGGAAUAUACUUUUACCGUCAACAUUGUUACAUAGACUACCAAAUUUGGAAGUAUUAAUUGUUUGUCAGACGGACGGGAGUGAAUAUAUGUUUGGGUAUGAAGCCUUGCUUGUGUUGCAACAAUUAAAGUUGAAAAAGAUAGAAUUGUUUGCUCUAGCAACAGUAAGCAUAUGUGAGGGACCUGCUCCGCCUGCGAUGCUCCAGAAUCUUCAAAGUUUGUCCAUUACCAAAUGCAAGUUGGAGGGAAGUCUCUUCACCUCUGAUGUUGCUCAGUGUCUUUUUCAGUUGAAUUCCUUAGAAUUAGCAGUAUGCCCCUUGUUGGAAAGGAUAGUUGAAGCAAGCAACAAGAAGAUAAUCCUUCCAAAGUUGGAGCAAUUAAGUUUGACGGAACUUCCAAUGUUAUACAAAAGUGCUACUUUUGAUAUUGAGUGUCCUUCAUUGGAGAACAUGUCUCUGAAGGGUUGUUGGUUUCCAUGGGAACAAUGGAGACUGAGAAAGAUAGCAUUGUCCACAGUUAGCAUAUGUGAUGGACCUUCUCGACUCCCACCUGCAAUGUUCCAGAAUCUUCAAAGUUUGUCCAUAGAGUGGUGCAAGUCAGAUGGAAGUCUCUUCACCUAUGAUGUUGCUCAGUGUCUUUCCCAACUGAAUUCCUUAAAAUUCAAGAAUUGCCCUCUGUUGGAAAGGAUAGUUGAAGCAAGCAACAAGAAGACCGUCCUUCCAAAAUUGAAGCGAUUACAUUUGGAGGUACUUCCAAUGUUGUACUAUGAAAGUGAUACUUUUGAUAUUGUGUGUCCUGAAUUGGAAGAGUUCUUUGUGAGUAGCUGCCCCAAGUUUUCAGCCUCUUCAUCUGACUUCCACAGCAGGAAACAAGUCCAAUUCAUAUGGAGGCCGAGUUGAUAAGAGCCUAGGUGUGGAAACAUUCAAAUUCCAGCUGAAGCUAAUUAGAGUUAAAUCCCAAUUUAUUCUUGGUGGCCAGAGGCGAGGAAGCGUUCUGACAAGAUCUCUCGGCGCGGAUUAGUCUAAGGGGACUAAUUGCAAUCAAUAAAACGCAUAGAGACCUUCCGUGGCCCAGAAGAAUAUCCCGCAUUUGAUUGUGAAGUUGUAUAACACUCUUGUGGAUAAUAAAUUUAUAACUUUUCAUUGUCUCUUUGUAUCUUCUUCGUGGCUCUGCAUCUUUCAGACGUGCAUCUUUAUCCAUUGUUGAUUUGAUAACAAGAAAAAACAGAUGUAAUUGAUAUUCCUAGUGUAAAUUUCUCGAUUUUGAU